AACUACAACCAUCCUGAAGUUCUGCGUCACACCUUUGAGACUCUAUCUAACCUUCACAAACUGCUUCCAAAUCAUCUGAUGGAGACAUUUCACACCUACAAGGGUGAAGAGGACAAAAAAAAUGUGCAAUUCUGAACUCUCUCUGGCUUAGAAAGGAUCUUAGCAAGACAUGAGUUUCCAAGAGAGGUUAAUCUGACCCCAAAACCAAGUAGUAUGCUCCUGGGGAAAAGAAAAGUCAUCAACAAUGCAAGUUAUGGGUGGAAGAAAUGCCACUUAUGGAAUAAAAACAUAAAAGAGCCUCCAAUGUCAACCAUAGUUGUCAGAUGGCUGGAAAAGAACAUGCAACCUGCUGAAGAUCUCCAGUGGGUAACCCAGAGGCUGUCAGUGUUUGGGCCAACUGAGUCACUCAGACUUUGCGGACGGCAGAGUGCUGUAGUGGUGUUCAAAGACACGACUUCAGCUUGCAAUGCUGAGAAUGCUUUUCAAAGCAGGGGCCCAGGCACAAUGUUUCAGUGUUCCUGGCAACAACGAUUCAUGCCGAAAGAUGUAAGACCCCUAUUAUCAAAAACCCAUGUAAAUUCUUAA